CACGGAGAGACAGUACCACCGGAAGUGCGCCGUUUUAAAAAGUAAGUCGCAAAAGUGAACGAUAGUAGCAUCUGAUUGAAAGGACAGAAAAACAUCAGAAAAGUGCGGUUGCUGCUUUUAAAGGCGUCUAGUGUGACCGCGAGUGAGGCAAUUCUGAAAGUGAAAAAGAACGGCUUCCAAUCCAGUAGAAAGCAGGUAACAGCUCAGCAUCCUCCCUUUAAACAUUAGCUUAAUCAGCACAAUGCCAGCACUUCUGGAAAGACCAAAACUGUCCAAUGCAAUGGCAAGGGCUCUUCAUCGCCACAUAAUGAGGGAAAGAGAGAGGAAAAGACAAGAGGAAGAGGAGGUUGACAAAAUGAUGGAGCAGAAAAUGAAGGAGGAGCAGGAAAGGAAAAAGAAGAAGGAAAUGGAAGAAAGGAUGUCUCUAGAAGAGACAAAGGAACAGAUCAUGAAGAUGGGAGAGAAACUGCUGUUAUUGCAGGAAGAGAAACACCAGUUGUUCCUACAGCUCAAAAAAGUUUUGCAUGAAGAGGAGAAAAGGAGACGCAAAGAGCAGAGUGAUAUGACGACUCUUGCAUCUGCCUCAUACCAACCUGGAAUGACCAUUCACUCUGGACAGCAUCUUAUUAGCAUGCAAGGGAGUCCAGUAAACCAUGGACGUCCAGGGGCUCUUUUGGGUGAACGUAGCAAACAGCUUUUUCAGUCUCCUGUCAUGCCGGGGCGUCACUUCCAGGCACAACCAGGAUUCAGUGGUGGAACCUCUGAACAUGGACAGUAUCAGAGCAGCCAGUCUGCACAUGGUCCUUAUAGUGUCAGUCAGUCACAGCAUGCAUCUCCUUAUGCUACAGGACAGCCAGUGCCAGUCAGCUAUGCCAGUAGCUCACAACUAAGAGGUCCAUCUGCCUUUCAGACGAUGCAGUACCUUCCUCAUCAGCAGACUGGCUACACUGUGCACAGUCACUUCAGUACACAGCAAGGCUUUCUACCCAGUACCGGAAUCCCCCUGCAGAAACAACUGGAACAUGCAAAUCAACAGUCAGGCUUCACUGAUUCUGGUACUCUGCGGCCAAUGCAUCCCCAGGCUCUUCACCCCAAUUCCAGCCUUUUGCCCACCCCUAAUAUAACUGUGCAGAUCCCCCCCACUAAGACUGGUUUGCCAUAUGCUCAUCCACCCAGGCCUGCCUCUCCAGGAAGUUUCACUCAUGGAACAACCCCACAGCCUUCCCAUGGCGCUACCUUUCAGAGCUCAUCUCAGUCUGCCCCACGCCAUGCCUACUUGACUCACACUCAGACAGGACAACGUUUUUAUCACAGCAAGUAACCACUGCAAAAGGAUGACCAUGGAUAACUUGGGACUGUGCAUGAGUUUGUUUGAGUGCUUUUAGUUCAGAGUGCUUCAUAAUCACAUCAGUAACAAAAUAUACUAGCCCAUAUCCUGCUUUAAUCUUUGUGUUGUAUUUCAUCCUAUUUCCUCAGAGAAGUGAGAUUUGUUGCUGAUAAAGUACCAUGGUACUCCUAAAAUGCUUUUAUUUUGUUUAAAUUUUAACACACAGAUUUAAGUAUAAGGAAUAGUUUUUCAAGAUGUGUACAAGGAAUCCCGGUUUACAAGAAACUGUUCCUGUCACAAAAUAUUCCUCAAAAUUCUGUUUUAAAAUAGUCAGUCUUUCAUAAUACAUCCUGUUAAAAAUCUUAUUUGGUGGGGGUGGGUUAAUAAAUGUUAAUCUUUCUUUCUUUGUCACCUAGUAAAAAUCAGCAUUGCUGCUGCAAGUCUUUACAUGGUAGCAUUGAAAAGGAAAAACAUCUUUGUGGUGUUAUUUUAAUUACAUUAUUUUAUUAUCAAGUUUCACUUGGCAAAACAAUUUUAAAUAUAUCCACUCAAAAAAGGGGGAAAAAAUCCUUGUCUCUAACAAGCUCUAGGAGAAACCUAUAACAAAGCAACCGUUUUCACUCUCCUUUUUGCUAUACUGUGUUACUAUGGGAUAUACCUUCAAAUGAGACAUUGUUAUACUUUGAUUCUUACCUUGGACCCACUCCAGUCAUUCUUUCACAUAACCUCCACAGGCUUGAAACUGGCAGGGGUUUGUUUUCCUUCAAGAUACCCCAUUUCUAUGUUUUCCUGUUGUGGUUUACCACCAAGUAUUCAGGAUAUGUAUACACUUGUACAUUUUUAUUGUCUUUUAAGUAAUCUAAGCCAUGUAAUGUGAAGCGCUCUAUGCAAAAAUAAAAUUCUAUUACAAUUCAA